AUGGACGGACAGCGUGAUUCCAGGACGGCGCCCUUUUAUGCAAUUCCGCCCCGGCGCCUUGUUAGCGUUGAACACCCUGCCGUUGUCCGAAAUCUCGACAAGGCAGUGGAUACAUUACAGGGCAAUGCAGGAAUCGAAAAAAUCUUGAAUCCACCACUCAAGGCGGCCGAUGCGCCAGCCCAGUUGUUUUUGCGGCCGGACGAUCCCCUCUCUCGGCCAUUGAAGUCGACGAGCACUGUUUCCAAUAAUGUGCUACUCAAAGUGACCGUCCCUAAAAGAACAGGUCGUAAGCGCAAGAGAGGCUCCAAUGAGCCUUUUCAGGAUGCCCCGGUGGAGACUAUCUCGGAAUCAGUCCCACGGUCAACAGCAAAGGAUCUGCUGCGCAGUCUUCGCGAUAAUGAGUCCAAGUACCAGACCAAGCCUGUUGGUAAAGUCGAACGGACUCAUGUGUUUCGAGGUAUGCCGGAUUUCGUGUAUUCGACCGUGAACAGCUCUUUCACGAACAAAUUUCGUGAAACCAUCCUACCAUAUGACUUGGCAAAGCUCAAGCAGUUUGAUAUCGACAUGGGCAAGGGCGCUCUUGAAAAUACAGAUAUUAUCCCUCCACCUUCAUUCAGCCACGGAGAUGUGCCAUUCACAUACUACUACCGUCAAAACCCAACAGUCAAGCACGCCGUCGGGCAAUCAGGCGACAUAACAACAAUCAACACCCAACAGCCAUCAAAGAUCCGCACAUUCCUCGUCCGCUACGACAUCCCCAUCGUCCCCUCAAAACCUCAAGAAAGCCUAACACCCAUCGCAAAACUCGACCCAUCGCUCCGCAAAACCGUCGAAGCAAUCAAACUCCUCUUCGAAGAACGUCCAGCCUGGACCCGCCGCGCUCUACGAAACCGCCUAGCAACCGACGAACACCGCACAAAUCUCCGCUGGGCAGUACCAUACGUUGGAUACAUUUUCCGCUCGGGACCGUGGCGAGACGCUAUAAUGAAGCUGGGCGUUGACCCGCGCACCUCACCCGAUUUCCGCCACUAUCAGACCUUCAUGUUUCGGCUUCUCCCUCGUGAACCGGAUACGGCGCGUGAUGGAGGCAGGAGACAUAACAUUAGUCGGACUGAUUUGGACGAGGAUCCGAAUUCGCAUAUCUUUACGGGAAAACUGCCUCUGCCGCUUGACGGGAAGAUCUGGAUGGUUAGGGACAUCGAAGAUCCGUUGAUUAAAUCCGUUUUGUAUAAGGAGGAUGAGGGAAGCUCUGUGGCGACGGGUGGGGUGCCAUUUUUGCGGGAGACUUGUGAUAUUAUUAGUGAUGGGUGGUUUGGGAAUGGGGCUUUGGGUAAGGCGAAGACUAUUAUGCGGGCGAAGAUUAGUUCGCUGAUUGAGGAUCGAAUGCCGGAGGAGGGUGAAUUUGAGCGGAUUUUGGAAUUUCCGGAUCAUGCGGAGACGGAGGCGGAUCUUGUGAAUUUUAUGUUUGAUUCUGCUACUUCGACUAAGCGAGAUGAUAUGUUGGCGACGGAGGUUAGGGCUGCGAUUAAGGGUGCGCCGGUGUGGAGGGAGAGGUUGGAGAGGGAGAAGCUGGAUGGGAGGAAGAAGAAGGGGAAAGGGAAGGAGGUGGAGGUUCAACAUGAUGAAGAACAGAGCGAAGGAGAAGAGGAAGAGAUGGAACGAGUGGAGAUGUUGGAGGAGGAGGUUGCUGCUGCUAUUGCGGCGAGGGAUGAAGCGGAGGGUGAAGAUGAUGAAGCCGAAGAGGAGGAUUAA